UCUGCAGCUGAGUGUAACCGACGGAGUACCAACAAAGAGAUACCUCAUCGUUUGGUGCCCCUCAUUCACAUCAUAGUGCCGUGGACAUAGUGGCCGAACGCAGGUUAAACGGUUACUUAGUCUUUGCGCUCGGUCAUUUCGCACAAACGGGUGCCAAAUUGACAACAGAGCGGUCGCUUUUAAAUCGCACGCUUUGGAAAUUCGAAGUAGUAUAUAUAUAUACAAUAUAAUAUAUCAAUUAUAUUCCGGUGUAGUUGGUGCGGUGGAAAAACUAAAAAACUAAAACAAAAAUUAAUUAAAUUAGCAAGGCGUUUGUAAUGUGGAAAUAGUAAACACACAAACGAAAUAUCGGACAAAAUAAACAAAAAAAAUACAUGAAUUGCGAAAAGUUUAAAAUCGGGUUUGUGACGGAAUUUCAAUGUCAAACGUUUGUAAUGGACCACUCUGAAGAUUAACGCGCGGUUGAACUCCCACUGCAGCGGGCAACUAAUUAUCUUAAGAUAUCUGUCAAUUUGUACGUGUGUUUUUACUCAUAACAUUGCGAAGUGAUACUACGUUUUGGUGUUUUGUUUUUUGGUUGAUGUGGAAAUGUAACUUUAAUUUAGUUCCCUUGUAAUUGAAUACAAAACAAAAGAAAAAAAUAAAGUCUGGCUCGCUGCAGUCAAAAUUAUAACAUUUUAUUUGUCGGAAAGACACCCAAUAACCAACAUUACAUAAAGCUCGCUGUGCUACUUACGAAGACUACUCUGGGCGGCGCGAAGCGCAUUUCAAAACAUUUCACAUCAAUUCUGCUCAUUUUUUCAAAUGAAAGGAAAUCACCAAAAAACGGCACUCAGCACAUGACAUACAUAUAUACAUUUAUAUGUAGCAGCAGAGGACAAGUCAAGAGACCUAUAACAAUAAAAAAAAUUAAAAGAUAAAAUACAGUGAGUAUAAACGCGGUGGUGAAGUCGGAGGCACGGAAAAAUCGCAUUAAUAGGCCACAAAUCGAGUCACAAAAGCGGCCUGGCAUCCGUAAUUUCGUUCAAUUGAGCAGCCUUAAGUAAUCGCUGCAAAAACAUACAAACAGAUGCACAUAAACAACAAAAAUUUGUAUACGAAAUUGUGCAUACUUACUUCCAACAGUGUCGCAGUGAAUAGUUGGAGUUUGGUUUGGAAAAGCAGUAGGGAGAGAACCGGUGAAGCAAUCACGCAGAUGCCACUUAGUUGAACUUUCAUAUUUCAGUAACAAAAGUGCAGAAUACGCGUAGUAAAGGGACCAAAGCGGUUAACUAAAUUUGAAAUAAAAAGAUAAAAUGAAUUACCGUAGUAGCAGACACCUGACGGUAUUAGUCGCAUUGUGUCUGAGCGGAGUGCUAUGGAGUUGUGCCAAUGCUUACCAGAUUGGUGUGGGACGUGCCGAUAGUACGGGCCCACCAGUGGAAAUACAUUUCAUGGGUUACGCCAAUAUUAAACAAGUGGGGCGUGGCCUGCACUUGCGGCAAUUCGCGCGCGCUUUUGUCGUCGAAGAUGAAAACCAUAACCGCGUCGCGUUCGUCUCGGUCGAUGCGGGCAUGAUGGGCUAUGGUGUCAAACGUGAGGUUGUGAAACGCUUACAAGCGCGCUAUGGCAACAUUUACACGGCGGAUAAUGUCGUUAUCAGCGGCACCCACACUCACAGUGGUCCCGGCGGCUUCCUCAUGCAUCUGCUUUACGAUAUCUCAAUUUUGGGCUUCGUGCCGCAGACUUUUGAAGCGCUUGUGCAGGGUUGCUACUUGAGCAUCAAACGCGCCACCGACAAUAUGGUGGAUGGCAAGAUCUUCCUUUCGAGAACAACAAUACUAAAUGUGAACAUCAAUCGCUCACCCACCUCCUAUUUGCGCAAUCCCGAGGAAGAGCGCGCACAAUACGAGCAUGACGUGGAUAAAGAGUUGACCCAACUGCGUUUCGUGGAUUCGGACAAUAAUUUAAUGGGCGCUUUCAACUGGUACGCUGUUCAUGCAACAUCGAUGAAUCAUACCAACAAAUUGGUGACCUCAGAUAAUGUGGGCUAUGCAGCCUUACUCUUGGAGAAGGAAUACAACACGAAUAAAGUGCCCGGGAAGGGAAAAUUUGUUGCCGCCUUUUGCUCGUCUAAUUUGGGUGAUGUGUCACCAAAUAUUAUGGGACCGAAGUGCUCCAUAAGUGGAAAUGAAUGCGAUCUGCUUACUUCAAAGUGCCCGUCAAAGGAAGGGGAAUGUUUUUCAUCAGGACCCGGACGCGAUAUAUUUGAGAGCACAGAAAUUAUAGCCACGCGCUUGGCUGAGGGUGCUUUGCGCUUACUGAACGAAAACAGUCAAGAGGCUACCAGCCGCGAAAUAGUUGGCGAAUUAUCCUUUAUCCAUCAAUUCGUCGAUAUGCCCAACUAUAACGGCACAACUUACAACCCACUUCAACGGAAAAUGGAUAAGAUACGCGGUUGCCAACCUGCGAUGGGUUACAGCUUUGCCGCCGGCACAACAGAUGGACCCGGUGCAUUUAAUUUUGAGCAGGGAACCCUCACUGACAAUGUGAUGUGGAAUGCGGUUAGAGAUUUCAUAGUUCCUCCCACACAAGAGGACAUCAGCUGUCACGCACCGAAGCCCAUACUACUUGCGACUGGAAGGGCAACGUUCCCAUAUGAAUGGCAACCGAAAAUCGUCUCCGCGCAGCUACUAAAAAUUGGUGAUCUGAUAAUUGCUGCUGUGCCCGGCGAACUUACUACCAUGGCUGGGCGACGUUUGCGCAAUAAGAUCAGUGCCGUAGCUGUGGCCACGGGUGGCAAAGAUACAGAAGUGAUCAUCGCUGGUUUGUCAAAUAUGUAUACCAGCUACAUCACAACACCUGAGGAGUAUCAAGCACAACGCUAUGAAGCUGCUUCUACGAUCUUCGGUCCCAACACGCACACAAUCUACAUGGACGUUUUCGAACAAUUGACCAAGUCCAUGAUACGGAGCGAACAUCUACCACCGGGACCCACUCCACCAUAUAUGAACGAUCGCAUGUUAUCGAUGAACACGGGGGUUAUUUUUGAUGGUCAUCCGAUUGGCAAGGAUUUCGGUCACGUCAAGUUGCAACCGCGAAAGGCGUAUCAGAUCAAUGACACCGUCAAAGUCACCUUCAUUGCCGGUAAUCCUCGCAAUAAUCUCUUCCAUGAGAAAACCUACUUUGCUGUGGAGCGAAAGAUCAACGAAGAGCGAUGGAAGGUCGCCUAUACGGAUGCCAGCUGGGAAACGAAAUUCAUUUGGGAACGGGUGCAUUUGAUACUCGGCUUCAGCGACAUCCACAUUCAUUGGAACAUUGGGCCAAACACUUUGCCCGGUGAAUAUCGCAUUCGGCACUUCGGCAAUUACAAAUACAUUUUAGGCGGCAUUUUCCCCUAUGAAGGCAUCUCCAACUCAUUCGUGGUGACGGAAGACUAAUAGCCUUGUUCGAUGUACAUACGUAUGUAUGUACAUUUGUGCAUGUGAAGUGGAAUGAUUGGGAUACUAGUCAGAGACUGCGCUCUUCAGGGUGUUACUGCUUGUCAGCAAAAUGCAAAAUACAUUCAUGCCUAUCAAUUUUCGAAAUGUGUGCGAUGUGUGGUGCAGUGCCAUACAGAUAAUACGUACAUUCACACAUAUGUACAUAUUUAUUUGCUUAUUAUUUAACAGCAACAAAAUGUAGGAAUAAAUGUAUAAAGGACUGUUAUAUUAAACUAUUCAAUGAAUAAAAAAUCAUUUCCUGUUUGAA